GAACGUUUGGCCCCGCCCACCAAUACACUCAAAACAUGCGACGGGUGAAGUGCUAGCAGCAUUGCUAACAGCAGGCAUCAGUUCCAUCACGUGUAGAACACACGAGUUCAAGCUAUGCUGACUGUGCAUCCCCGAUGGAAUGAAUGAUUGGUUUCUCACAAUUUCCCUGUGCACACACUGAGCGACACAAUGCAGCUGGAAGCCCAACUCCGUCUUUCACAUAGCUGCAUUUUUUACUACAAAAGUGCAAAGCUUCUGUUCUCGCAUUCAGCAGUAAAUCGAUCUACAGCAAAUUACUACGAUCUACUUGGAGUAAAACAAGAUGCAUCAUUGGAGGAAAUCAAGACAGCAUUUUUUGACAAGUCCAAAAAGGUGCAUCCAGACAGUGACCCCACCAACCCCAAACUUCACAGCCAGUUUGUGGAGCUGAGCGAUGCCUACAGGGUCCUGAGCCGAGACGGGAGCAGGAAGGAGUACGACCUCCGGCUCCGACACCCCUACCCAGGCAACCAACCCUUCAGACCAACGUCCACUCACACCUACACCCCCAGUGCGGACCAGACGGAGCGCAUGCGGUACUGGGAGCAGUUCCGCUACACCCAGGACACAGGCAAUGAGCAGUGGGAGCAGAAGAAGAAGAGGAACAUGCGACUCGUGGGCUACUGCAUGCUGGUUAUGGUGCUCAGUAUGGGAGCCCACUUUGUUGGAUUCAGAAAACUGGAGGAGGUCCACAGUAACUUCAUGGACAACAAGGACCGAGCUAUCACUGAGAUUUACAAUGAGUCCAAAGAAAGAGCCAGAAUGAAUGGUUUCAAAAAACAGACAGAAAUCCUGAGACAGAAACAUGCUGAAUUUCUUGAGAAAUACAACGUGCGUAACAAGGACGAUAAGUAGAAUACUUGAAAAAAUGAGUGAUGGCUCUUGGAACCAAAGGACUUCUCCUCUGGUCCUCAGAGAAUGCUACGUGUGGAAGCCGUUCUUGUAUGAAAAUGUGUUAGCAGUUAGCUGUGUUUUUUGAAGGAGUGUUUUUGAGCCAUUCUUACCUGUUUGUCUCGGUUCUGAUAACUGAGACGGAAAGUGUGUGAAUUUGGUUCACCGAAGUGAAUGUUUUUGGUUCUUUAUAGGCACAAGUUCUCAUUAACGCUCCUCACUUUGGGUGGGAUAAUGUAAUGUCUCAGCCGGGGAACUGAUUAGCAAAGAGCUGUUGAACUUUAAGCUUCAAAGGCAUUUGCUUAUCCAGUUCUGGACUCUGAUUCUCAUUUGGUUACACUUGCAGAAGCUGUGGUUGUAUUUGGCAUUCCAGACAAAAUUGUACACUUGAGUUCUGUCAGUAGAUAUCUACACAUGUAUGAUGCAGAUGGGAAGUUUUGUGAGUAAGAGGAUGGUGCUUUGCUACCUGGAAACCCACAGUGGAGGGACUUGCAGUACAUGCAAUCAAUUUACAACUCAAUCUGAGUUACCCCAUGCAGUGCAAUAUUUGAUUGUGAAUCAUAAAGAUAUUAUGCCUCACUUGAUAGGCAAUGUUUUGGAGAAGGUUGUGUAAGUUGUGUAUUUUAAUUAAAGAUAAAAUAGCUCAUACACUACAUCACUACGUGUGAGCAUGUGUGCAACUUGUGGUAAUCAACAUUACCACAGUGCCUUCAUGUGUGGUAAAAUAGUAUUGUGUUGAUUGCCUUAAUAUUUAAAAAAUUUAACUGUUUUGUGCCAUAUUGCACAAUAAAACAUUGUCAUGUCUCAACUGAAAA